ACUAAUUACUAUGUGCCCUAAAAUGGCUGGAGCUAAAAACACUCAAGAAUCAUCGAGUCUAUUUACAUUACAAAACCACAAACAUCGGAUUAUCAUACUGGUCCUUCUAUUUUAUGUGGAGCCUAAUGCGGGCCGGAGUAUUGAUGGCCUAGUUGCAGACAACCUAGGCCUACGUGUAAAUGAAGGGGACAGCACCAUCUUGUCAUGCUUCUUCUCGCCAUCUAACGCCGUUAUUGGCAAAUGGUAUUGGAAAACGAAUGGAACUGUCAUUAUAAGAUCAGACACCCCACCAAAUCCAAACUCGAGGUAUUCACUGGGUGACGCAACGCCUGGGAACGUUAACUUGGUUAUUAAAGAGGUGUCACGAUGGGACAAGGGUACAUAUACAUGUGGAGUAUUCGACUUGUCUACAGGAUCAACCGUACCCCAUUCCGCCGAGGACUGCAAAUUAACAGUAAACUAUCUCGAUAACCCUAAAAUCCAGACACUAAAGGACACACGUAUACUUGAAGGUACGCGAGUAUCUAUGUCAUGUAAAGUAGUGUCGUCAUACCCGGAGGUGAGUUUGUUCACGUGGUUCCAUGAGGGCGACGUCAUAGACAGUGCUUCUGGCAAUUACAUUUUCAACGAUGAAACAUUAGAAAUAAAGACAUUUGAUCAACGUGAUGAAGGAACCUACAGUUGUAGAGCUGAAAACGAAUUUUUUGUCGGUGAGAGCGGAAAGUAUAGCAAUUCCAUUGCAUUUAGUUUUCAAAAAAAAGAAGCAAUUCCGCCCUCGUCAUUCAGUUCUCAGAUUUGGAUAGUGUUCAACAACAGUAUUCCCGUUUUCAUAAUAGCCGUAGUUGUGUUAGCCAUGUAUUUUUGGAAGAAGCGUUCAAAAUAUAAACAGCGCUUUGAUAAAUUCUAACAAUGGUUUCACUGUCGACAUGUCGUAGUCUGAAAAUAGCUUGAAAGCUAUGGAACGCCAAAAGGACAAAAUACAAUUGGCAGCAGUGCAAAACUGAGAGUCAGCACCGCAAAACUGAGAGUCAGCAGUGCAAAAC